UUUUAAUUUAUUUAAAAAUAAAAAUAAAACAGCAGUUAUAUUAAAUGUUUAGUUAAUUUUAGAUAAUCAGAAAUAGCCUAGAAAUUAAACGUAACUUAAUUUCGGUUUUUCAAAAGAUAAAAGUGAAAAGUAUAAAUCCCAUGAUAUAUGAAAUUCAUUUCCACACACGAUUUAUCUUCGUUUUUAUUUUAUUCUAUUAAAAUACAUCAAUAAUCUUUUGGAUUCAGUAAACAGGAAAAUGCGGGAAGUGAUAUCAGUGCACACAGGACAGGCCGGGGUGCAGCUGGGGGACUGCUGUUGGGAGCUGUACUGCAUCGAGCACAAGCUGGAUCCCAGGGGCAGCCUGUCGCCGGUCAGGGGGACCGACCCCCCGAGCGACACCUUCUGCGACGGCUUCAACUCCUUCUUCAUGGAGAUGCAGACCGGCAACUUCUCGCCCAGGGCGGUCCUCGUCGAUCUGGAGUCCACGCCGAUAGAUGUCGUGCGAACCGGCAAACAUAAGCAGCUCUACAUGCCCAACAUGCUCCUGGCCGGGACGGAAGACGCUGCGAACAACUUCGCGCGAGGAUACUACACGACGGGCCGGAAGAUGGUUCCGAAGUUGAUGGAUGCCCUAAGGAGGCAGGCGGAAGCCUGCGACAAACUUCAGGGGUUCUUCCUCUUCCAUUCCUUCGGCGGAGGAUCCGGGUCCGGUUUCAACGCCCUCAUCGUGGAAAGUUUAGAGCACGAUUACGGCAAGAAGAGCAAGAUCGAGAUCGCGAUAUUCCCGUCGCCUACGAUGGCGACGGCAGUGGUGGAGCCCUACAACGCAGUGCUCUCGACCCACAUGACGUUGCAGCUGACGGACUGCGUCCUAUUGGCGGACAACGAGGCGAUGUACAACAUAUGCCACGCCCACUUGGACAUAGACAGCCCGACGUACUCCAGCCUGAACAGAUUGCUCGCGCAGGCAGUAUCCUCGAUGACCGCCAGCCUUCGCUUCAUGGGCUCCCUCAACGCCGACUUCACCGACUUCCAGACCAACCUGGUCCCCUACCCGAGGAUACACUUCCCCGUCGUCAGCUACGCUCCCAUCCUGGCCAACAAGUACGCUGACCACGGGAACCUAUCAGUCUCAGAAAUAACAAACAGGUGCUUCGAAACUUCCAACCGGAUGGUGAAGUGCAUCACCGAGAGCGGGAGGUACAUGGCCUGCGUACUCCUCUACCGCGGCGACGUCGCCCCCAAAGACGUGAACGCGGCUAUCCACACCGUCAAGGCUAAGCGAUCCGUCCGCUUCGUCGGAUGGUCGCCGUCCGGGUUCAAGGUGGGCAUCAACAGCUCCUGCCCGGCGCACGUGGAGGUCGGCGACCUGGCCCACACCAACAGAGCGGUCUGCAUGCUCUCGAACACCACUGCCAUCAGGGAGGCCUGGACCAGCAUCAACAUCAAGUUCCACUUGAUGAAGGACAGGAAGGCCUUCUUCCACCACUACACCGGCGAGGGUCUGGAGGAGAAGGAGUUCGACAUCGCCCAGGACAACCUGCUUGGUCUGGAGCAGGACUACGAGAUGUUGACUAAGGAAUGAUGGACGGACUAAACUCAAUAAAAUCGUUUUACCUGAGCAAUCUAUUUAUAUAUUAACUAGUAGGCCCAUACGAAAAUUCGCACAGUAUAUUGUUCACUGAUCAGAUAAUAAAUUAAUAUUAACAU